AUGUUGCCACCAUCGAUGAAACGAUCAAGACAUGUUCAUUCAGUUGAUGAUAUUCCAGUGGAAGUAUUACUUAUGAUUUUUAAACGAUGCGAACCGUUAGCUUGUUUUCGAGCUCGUUUAGUUUGUCGACGUUGGCGAAUUGUAAUUGAUAAAAUGGAUAAAGAAAGUCGUGAGGCAAUUCUUGGUGAAGGACAAGCUCGUUUGUAUAUAUGUGAUCGACGACG